AUGCAUUCCCACCUCCCCAUCCUCGCCCUAGCCGCCGGCCUCGCCACCGCCAAAAUCCCCUUCGUCGCCUCCUCCCCCGUAAUCCAGCUAGGCCCCCGGACCGCCCUACCGCCCUGGGCGCGCCAGCGCCAGGCGCAAGCCUGCUUCAUAAUCGACUCCACCACCCUCCCGGCCGAGACCGCCGAGGCGGCCGCCGCCAUAGCCUCUACGGUAACCUGCUCCACCACCACCACGACGCUCUCCGGCGUGCCCGACGUGACCGCCGGCGACACCACCUUCUCGUCCAUCGACUUCAGCCAAUCUUCCCAGACACCCCUCGGCUUCGCGCUAUCGACCUUCGCAACAGAACCCACGGUCGCCGACUCGGACCUGCAGACCUUCCAGGACGAACUGGACACGUACGUGGCGACCGAGGCCGGGAUUAGAAGUGUGGGCGGCGACCUGGCUAUCAAGGUGCCCAAGUUCUUCCUCGAGUUCCAGGUCAGCCGCAUCCAGACGGCGCAGGGCAAUUCGCCGGCCGACGCCGGGCUGCAGGUCGAUCACCUGCGCGACAAGGUGUUGAAGAAUGCCGCCGGCGAGGACCAGACGCUGUUGGACCAGGUUACGCAGCUGGCCACGCAUUUGGUCUAG